GUUGAAAAGCACGCCAGUCUCCAUAUUGAUGAUAAUGAUGAUGACGAUGAUGAUGAUAAUGAUGAAGAUGAUGAUGAUGAUGAUGAUGGUGAUGAUAAUAUUGAUGAUAAUGGUGAUGAUGAUAACCGUCGAUGAUGAUGAUGAUGAUGAUGAUGAUGAUGAUGAUGAUGAUGAUGAUGAUGAUGAUGAUGAUGAUGAUGAUGAUGAUGAUGAUGAUGAUGAUGANGAUGAUGAUGAUGAUGAUGAUGAUGAUGAUGAUGAUGAUGAUGAUGAUGAUGAUGAUGAUGAUGAUGAUGAUGAUGAUGAUGAUGAUGAUGAUGACAGCGAUGAUAAAACCGAAGAUGGUGAUGAUGAAUGAAAAUUACCGCCGUUAUCCCUACAUUAUGAAAAAUGUCGAUGAUGAUAAUGAUGAAGAUUAUCGCCGUUGGCAACGCAGUAC